UUGGCAACUCUGUGUGUAGCUGAAUGUCAAGUUAUUUCUCUAAACACGCAAAUCACGGAUCAAUAUUUGGAACAAAAUAGUACAGAAUAGCACAAAAAUGCUCCCAGAAGCUCUGCAAAAGCGUCUGGCGAUGCGUGGCAUCAUACAGGGUGAUGCUACGGCAACACCCGGCAGUCAACAACAGAAUCUGCCAGCACCUCCUUCCAGACAGCAACAACAUUCAGACUCAUCAUCUCAAUCCGAUAGUGAUUCGCAGGAAGACCAACGUAAUGCAGAUUUGAACAACGAGGAAAUCAUCGCCGAAGAUUAUGAUGAGUAUGAUCAAGUUAAUCCCGAAGCAUUUGAAUAUCCGAUCCACAAGAAGAAAACCAAUCCAGCCAUGGAUUGGACCGAAAAAAUGAAACAAAAGAUGGUGAAACGUUACGGGUUUCAAUCGGUAGAUGGAUGUCAAAACAAGUACAAUAUAUAUCACCAUUGUUCGAUGUACUGCGUUCAGCGCUAUGGGGAAGUUGAAUUCGAAAUCGAGAAGGAGUACGAGAAAAGGGUGAAACGCUUACUGGAGAGAUACCCACUUCCACGACACUGGCGUAGAGAGUAUGAUAUUGGCUGUAAGGCAUUCUACUUCUACAAUAAGGAAACUAGAAUAGUUUCCUGGCUUCCACCCACCCAUCCGGAUGCCAAGAUGACCAAAAGCGCCAAGGUACUAAGAAAGGAAUUGAUGGAAAAAAAUAAGAAUUUGGAAAAUGUUAGCGAUACUAUUCCUAAGGCGGUGAUAGUAGAAAGUUAUCCACCACUCCCCAAGCCAUCCAGUCUACCGAGUCGUGAAUCACUGGUAGGUCCUGUAGGCGAAAGCCUCAAACCACCAGUAGUGAACCCACCGAAAAGACCCCACAACAAAUAUCCCUCUAGAGAUGAGGAAAAGCGACCUCGAAUGGGUGGCGGUGGGGCUGCUCGUCUUGAUCGAGACAGGGAGCGUGACCGCGACCGUGAACGAGAACGUGACCGGGACCGUGAUCGCCGGGAUAGGCGCGAUGAACGACGGGAGCGUGAUCGCGAACGAGAUCGCGGACGCAUUGGGAAAUCGAACACCUCAGCACUGGAUCCGAUGGACCCGGCUGCCUACUCGGACAUACCCAGAGGAACGUGGUCAAGUGGACUAGAAGCAGCUCCCGGCGGCCCGAAAAAAGAGAAAGAAAAGGAAAAGAAGAUCGAAAAGCGGAAGGGACCUCGCGGAGAAGAAAGUGACGAUGAACACGAGGUUUUGAAAGUGGCAGCAAUCAGCGAAUUUACGCAAGAAGAAGAAAAAGAAGAAUAAAUUUGAAUAAAUAGUCAUCUUUUCAAGGAAA